GGCAAAUUAUCUUUUAGAUUAACUAUCAGUUCAUAGAUUCUGGCAGCGCAUUUAAAUCACUAGUUUAAACUUAGGUGAUUAGCUACCGAUUCUUCAAUGGUGUAGGACCUCUUGUUCUAUUACAAAUAAGUUUUAAUCCAUAUAAUUGUAUAAUUAAUUGAUAAGUUUUAAAUCAUUAUUUAUUUAUAAAGAAAUUUGUUCAAAUUUUUUUAGUUUGUUAAUUUAUUACUAAUCAAUAUGUAUAAAUUAAGUCGUUUUGGCCUUAAUAUAUCUGAUAGUAUAUUAAAAUCAACAUCUUUAUUAAGUGUACGAGGUCUUCAUGAAAUGCCAGAUCAUUUAAAGGAUGUGCCCUCCGCUGAAAACCCUCGAUUUUUUGACAUGGUGGAGUAUUUUUUUCAUCGUGCCUGCCAAGUAGCUGAAGAUAAACUUGUUGAAGAUAUUAAAGCAAAAAUGACAAUUGAAGAUAAAAGGAAAAAAGUUAAAGGAAUUUUGCUAGGUAUGCAGCCUUGUGAUCAUAUAUUAGAAACUUCAUUUCCAGUACGUAGAGAUAGUGGAGAUUAUGAGAUGAUUACUGGCUAUAGAGCACAACAUAGUACCCAUAGAACACCUUGUAAAGGAGGUAUAAGAUUUUCUUUGGAUGUAUCUCGAGAUGAAGUAAAAGCCUUAGCAGCUUUAAUGACUUUUAAGUGUGCUUGUGUUGAUGUACCUUUUGGUGGAGCAAAAGCUGGUAUUAAAAUAAAUCCAAAAAAUUAUUCUGAAAAUGAACUAGAGCAAAUUACUAGACGAUUCACAUUAGAGCUUGCCAAAAAAGGAUUCAUUGGGCCAGGUGUUGAUGUUCCUGCUCCAGAUAUGGGUACUGGUGAAAGAGAAAUGUCUUGGAUAGCUGAUACCUAUGCUAAAACUAUUGGGCAUUUAGAUAUUAAUGCACAUGCAUGUGUUACUGGUAAGCCAAUAAACCAAGGUGGUAUUCAUGGUCGAGUUUCAGCAACUGGUCGAGGUGUUUUCCAUGGCUUGGAAAACUUUAUCAUGGAAGCAAAUUAUAUGAGUUUAAUUGGUACUACUCCUGGUUGGGGCGGAAAAACCUUUAUUGUUCAAGGGUUUGGUAAUGUUGGUUUGCAUUCAAUGAGAUACUUACAUAGAGCUGGUGCUACUUGUAUUGGAGUCAUUGAACACGAUGGUGCAAUUUAUAACCCUGAUGGAAUUGAUCCAAAAGCACUAGAAGACUGGAAAAUUGACAAUGGUACAAUUUUAGGUUUCCCAGGUGCUCAGCCAUAUACUGGUGAGAAUCUAAUGUAUGAACCAUGUGAUAUACUUGUACCUGCUGCUACUGAAAAAGUGAUUACAUCUGCUAAUGCACACAAAAUACAAGCUAAGAUAAUUGGUGAAGCAGCUAAUGGGCCAACAACACCUGCUGCAGAUAAAAUUUUAAUUGAUCGGAAUAUUUUGAUUGUACCAGAUUUAUACAUCAAUGCUGGUGGUGUAACUGUAUCAUUUUUCGAAUGGCUGAAAAAUCUGAACCAUGUAUCCUAUGGUCGUUUGACUUUUAAAUAUGAAAGAGAGUCUAACUAUCAUUUGUUAGAAUCUGUUCAAGAAUCGUUAGAACGUCGAUUUGGCCGUGUGGGUGGUAGAAUACCUGUUACACCAUCUGAAGCUUUUCAAAAACGCAUUUCAGGUGCUUCUGAAAAAGAUAUUGUACAUUCUGGUUUAGAUUACACUAUGGAGCGAUCAGCUAGGGCAAUUAUGAAAACUGCUGUUAAAUAUAAUUUAGGUCUAGAUCUUCGUACUGCUGCUUACAUCAAUUCAAUUGAAAAAAUCUUCACUACCUAUAAAGAAGCAGGGCAGACAUUUUAAAUAUUAAAUGUAAAUGUAAUAAGCAUCUGACAAAAUCAAACUUUGAUCUUUUUUACUCUAAAUUUUCUUUUGUUCUCUUACAUUUCUAGAACCAUAGAUAACUUAAAUACUGUAAAUUGUUUACUAAAAAAGUUCAAUAUUUUAAUAUUGCAGAUAGUAACACUUUUUUUUAUAUGUUUUAAUUACAACAAAAUAUUGGAAGAAAAAUGUUUUGAAAAAUAGUUUAAAAUAAAUUUUGUAUUACUAUAAUACUAGAUAAAUUUAUAAAAUGAAUGCAUUAAAUAGAUUAUUCUCCAAAUCUAA